AGUGCAUGUGCUACAAUACCUCUUGACUUCUGAAAUAGAUUUCAUCUGAUUCAAGCAACUAUACAAGGAAUACGAUGCUUUGUAUAAUCACUUAUUAUUAUUUUUAAUUUUUUAAUUUUUCUUUGAAAGAUAAUUCAAUGAAUAAUUUGCUGAAAGAUCGAUCAAUAAUUAUUCAUUGAUUUUUUAAAGAUAGUUGAAAUAAUUAUAGAUUUAGUAUUGAUCUAGCUAAAUUAAUAGAAAACAGUUAAAAUAAAUCUGGCAACUAUUUAAUAUGAAAAUAAAAUUGUAACAAAACUAUUUAUCGUAGUAGUUAGAAAUAUAACGAUUGAAAACGAAGGUCUAUUGGCUUUUUUUGGAAUUACAGUGUUGCCAGUAAAAAAAGAAAUAAAGAUGUUUCUUUUUUAAUGAUCUUCAUCACAGAGUAUCGCUAUUCUCGGAUAUCAUUUUUUAGGUACAAUUGUGUCGCCCUCUGUAGCGAUAAAUGAAUGUUCCUGGUACCUGGUGCUCGCAUUACUGUUUCGAACUUCAUUCGUUGAUCAUUCAGUAGCCACAAGACAUAUCUAACAGCAAUGACUGACACCCUUAGCCCCAGAGAUCUCGAGAGAGCAGAAUUCUGUUUCUCAAUUUACGAUGCUGAUGGCUCAAAUGUCAUUGACGCCGUUGAUCUUGGCAAUGUUCUUCGCGCCUUAAAUGUAAACCCAACAAAUUCAACAAUUGAAAAAUUGGGUGGUACCACAAAAAAAGGUGAAAAAAAAUUAACUCUUGAAGAAUUUUUGCCAAUAUUUGCCCAAGCCAAAGAGGAUAAAGAUCAAGGAUGUUACGAAGAUUUCCUUGAGUGUCUUAAGCUUUACGAUAAAGCUGAAAAUGGAACUAUGCUUGGUGUUGAACUUACCAAUAUGUUGUUGACUCUUGGUGAGAAACUCGAUGAGAAAGAAGUUGAUAUUGUUGUCAAAGAUUGUAUGGACCCAGAAGAUGAAGAUGGCUUCAUCCCAUAUGCACCUUUCCUCCGUCGAUUGUGUGACAAGGCCGGUGGUGGCGACUAAUCAUCAUAUCAUCAACUAUCCAGAUUCAAGAUCUAAAACAUAAAAUUAUUAUUUUUUUUUUUUUAAAUCAUAAAAAGUAAUUUGUACGCAUUUUAUCAACGUAAAAAAAAAAAUUGAUAAAUCUUACCAGAAAAACAUUAUAUCAUUUA